AUGCCUGAUCGAUCCGUCGUCCCUACCACAAAGGUGGUUUUGAACGGCGGUCAGCACAGCAGCUUGACUGCCCGGGACGGAUCCUUCGCCUUCCGCGACGUUGCCGCCGGGGUCUACCUGCUGGAGGUGCUGUCCCCCAACUUCCACUUCAGCGCUAUGAAGAUCAAGGUGGACGACAUGACGGGCAUCAUCGCCAUUGAAUACAAGUACCCCGGAGCGCCGCGGAAGGAGGCAAUACACCCGCUCCUCCUCACAGCACACACCAAGUGGAACCAUUUCGAAAAGCGGGAGGGAAUGAAGGUUGGCGGAAUGUUCAAGAGCCCGAUGACCAUCAUCAUGGUCCUCUCCAUGGCGAUGAUGUUCUUCCUCCCCAAGAUGAUGGCAAAUCUUGAUCCAGAGCAGCUGGAGGAAAUUAAGGACCAACAAAAAGCCGUCCAAGAAUCGACAGCCAACUUGUCCUUCUCGAGCUUACUGUCCAAUGCUCUGGCCGGUCAAGCAAUUCCACAACAGCAACAAGGGGGUUCCGCAACGCCGGUUCAGAGGGCGGGGGGAGGGGCGUCGGCGGGAAGCGGCAGCACCAGCCGAACCGGGGGGGGAAGCAACAAGAAAAAACACCGUUCGUGAGGAGGGGAAAACGCGGGAUUUGUUGUAGCCGCGGUACGAAUCGGUGUUCCUGGUGGCCGGCGGAUGAGGUUUGUAGGCAAGCUUGAUGUCGUCGCAGAAUCUAGUCCUUCCGAGUGGCGCGAAAUUGCCGUUGGUGGUUAGUGUAGCUGUCGGCCCUGGUUGCUGGGGGUGGUCGAGCAGAGGGAGGUGUAGGGAGCGAGUUUUCGAGGGAUGUGAGAUCCGUCGAGCAGCUGGGGUAUAAUUUUGCCACCAAGGGUUGCCAAACCUAGCUUCUAUGCGUUGUUGCACUCUGGGCGGGUUCGUCUCUUGCGUUGGUUGACGUUGCAGCGGCUGUGACUCGGUCGGGUUGAGGAAGUCAUAGGCCGGGUGAUGGUCCAAGUCAUGAUGCUGUGUGCAUCCAAUUGCUCAGAAAAAACAACAGCAGCAGCAGCAGUGCUGCGAACAAGC